AUGCAAGACAAUUACGAUGUAAAGAAGCCAAACUUUGACUAUCUCUUCAAGGCAGCAUUGAAGAAAAGUAUUGAGAGCGGAGAAGUAUCUCAACCCAAAGGACCUUCUGGUUUAAUCAAACUCUCCAAAGACGCGAAAUCGAAGGAACGCAGCACUCAUGUUACAGAGUCAAAGAGUACAUCAAAGGUCACACCAAAGGCAAAGGAAUCUAAGAUUACAAAAGAUAAGCCUAAAGCCAAUGCUUCCAAAGCAGGUAAAGCAAAGCCUAAAACUGAAGAAGUUAAGAGUAAGUUGUCCGUGAAGAAAGAUUCAGAAAAGAAGAAGGCCAAAGAAAGCACAGCUUCCAAAGAAAAAAAUAAACAGUCCUCCAAGAAAGCCAAUCCGAAUGACAAAAUUCAAAGUACUAAGAAGAAAUCGGCACCUUCUAGAUCUACAGUCAAGGCAGGCCCCACUAAGCCUAAAGCAGCACCAAACAAAGUCCAGAAGAAGCCUUCUACGAAGAGCUCUACCAAAGAAAUGACAGUGCCGCGAACUAAUCCUAAAAAAAUGACCAAGAACAUUCCAGCGGCUGCAAGAACGAAACUUGUCAAAAGCGAAGUUCACAGACCAAUGCGCAGAAGUAUGGCUAUAGCGCAUUAA